AUCGGGAAGACCUGGGUUCGAAUCUCCGUUGGGCAUCUCUGUGUGGAGUUUGCAUGUUCUCCCCGUGCGUGCGUGGGUUUUCUACGGGUACUCCUCUCUCCUCCAAAAACACGCAUGUUAGGUUAAUUGGCAACUCUAAAUUGUCCAUAAGUGUGAAUGUGAGCGUGAAUGGUUGUUUGUCUAUAUGUGCCCUGCGAUUGGCUGGCGACCAGUAAAAAGAAGGUAACCAUUGUUAAAAACUAAAAGUUAAACUAUGCUCACUUUUGAGUGAACAGGAAGGUACGUGCAGGGCUAUAUUGUCACUUUGUGUCGUUUUAUAGCUGUCGCAAUUAAUUAAAAAGUUGUUUGGUAAAAUUUAUUGAUACAGUAUUUAAUUAAUUGUACACUUACGGUAAACCAAUUUUAGGUGUAACUUAAAUUUUGUUGGUCAAUAACUGCAGCCGUAGACAUUUGACAUGUCUGUUAUACUGUACACUGAAAAAACAAGCAAUUUUUGUGGGUGUCACAAAUAUGAAAAAUGUUGAAAUUGUAUUCUAGUAAGUGUGACGGUAAAUUUCUGCUUCUAUGGUUAUUAUCACUUUUUCUUCUUUGCCGUCACGGGGUACCUUCUUCACUCUAGUUUUUGUUUGACUUUUGAGGCAUAUUUUUUCCCAGAACAUUUUAGUUGAACCUCUAAAUUGUAUUGCUUUUGGUGUGUUUCACCAUACAAGACUUGAUGUGUUUUUCACUAAAUGUCCAAACGUUCCUGAUUGGUCAAAAAAAACAAAAAAAAACAGGUACGGUUGGUCAUGUUCUUGCAGGAGGUGGGGAAGGCAGCCGGGGAGGAGGAAGGAGUGAGGGUGUGUGAGUCACAUGGGAAAUAGUCAGGGUGCUGUCACAUGGUUUGUGUUUGCAAGCUGAGGCGAGGAGGCAGCUUCCUUCCACACAAAAGUUUGUGUGCUGUACUUUGGAAAGUGUCAGCCAACUUGGACAAGACGACCUGUUAUGGAAAUUCCUGCCAUCAAUCUGAAGGCCAUCGUUGUGGUGCACUGGCUGCUUACAGUUUGGGGGUGCAUGGCGUGGCUUCCCACCUCCUUCGCCUGGAGUAACUUCAGCGUCUUGGCCAUCGGUGUGUGGGCCAUCGCUCACAGGGACUCCAUCGAUGCCGUGCUCAUGUUUCUGAUCAGCAUGGCCAUAACCAUCCUGACAGACAUCAUCCACUUUGGCAUCUAUUACUCCCUGAGCGACCUGGCCACGGAGAAAGGUCGUGACGUGUUCCGCUUCAGCGCCGGCAUGGCCAUCCUCAGCCUGCUGCUCAAGCCCGCCUCCUGCUUCUUUGUCUACCAGAUGUACCGCGAGCGAGGAGGCGACUACAAUGUCAACUUUGGAAGUGAGGUCAUAAGCCGGGAAGAACAAGGAGGACGCUUUUAUUUCCUCGGGAAUUCUUUCUUUUUUUCUUGUUGUCCAUCUUUGUGUAUUCGUGUCUUCCCACACCUAGCUUGUGUUUGUUUCUUAUAAUCUCUUUGCGUGUAUGUAUUAUUCAUGCGUUGAGUCUCCAGGCGCCUCGUUUGUUUGUUUGUGUCUUUGAAUAAUAAUAAACACAGAGCAGCGUGAUGGCGCACAUUCUCCAGUCAGCCUCAUUCAUUGAUGAAUGCAGCCUCUUCAAAAGCCUCCACUGUUAAACUUGCUGAUUCAAGGUGUGUCCAGACCAACCUUUGUGAUGAUAUCAUUGUUACUAUUGCUAAAAGUGGUAGAUGUGAAUGUCAUAGUAAACAACAUUUCUUUCAAAUGGGACUCUGAACAGUGAACACAUUAAUAUGAAUAUAAACUAAAUAUAUAACAAAAUAAAAAAUAAAUAUACAGUAGAUCCCCACACAUUUGCAAUUCAGCGUUCAUUUUUUUUUGUGUGUCCAAAAAUAGGCAAUUUUUUGAGUUGGUAAUCAUUUAAAAAUAUGGGAUAAUACAGGUCAAAUGUACAGCACACAUGCACCAGUGUUAAAAAGUCCACCAUUUUUACAUGUUUAUGUCUUUAUGCUGCCGUGAUAAUAUUUUUUUCAUCAAGCUUGAGAUUUUCUAAAAAAAAACAUUUUUAUGGGCGUAUCACUUACUGGUGUUUUUUCACCCUUCACGGGUGAUCCCGGAACGUAACCCCCACAAAAAGCGGGGAUCUGCAGUACUGUGUGUUUUUCAAAAUUCAUGAUUAUUUUUAUGGAUUUUAUUUUUGUAACAAGAUACACGACAAUACUUUAGUAACUUGAGGAUUUUUCAUAUUUAGAAAUGAUUCUUCUUAUUUGUUGUUAUUACUAUUUCUAACAACGGUGCAUCUGAAUAAUAAUAAAACAAUUUAGCAAAUAAAAUAUGUCUUAUUUAGUAUUAUCAGGGUCACAUUGAGGAGAAAAAAAAUCGGAGAUUUCGAGAAUAAAGUCGUAAAUUUACGAGAAAAAAAUCGUAACUUUAUGUUACAGGCAUUGCCUGAGACAGCUAUGAA